AUGACAGAAAAGUUCUUUGAUUUCAUAGAUGAUUAUAUUGGACUACAGGUAGCUUCUAUUGCACUUUUAUCCUUAGCUGUCAUGCCUAUUGUUAUAGGAUCUUACUGCUCAAUAAAAGGUAAUCGUAAACGAAAGGCACGCUCAAGAAGAUCAAGAUCUCGUAGUAUGUCUCGACUUCGUUCAUCACAUCACUAUUAUGACUCAGAAGAAGAAGAAAAUGAGGAUAGAGACAGUGAAGAAGAGAGACGAAUUUCAAAGGUAGUUACAAGCAAGGAUGCAUUCUUAUUCCCAAUCAUUGCAUCCAGUUUUGUGUAUUUUAUAUCAUGGAUGAUUGAAGUAUUUAAUCCUAUCAUUGUAAACAAUAUUACAAUGAUUUCAACGUCCAUUUUAUCGUGUGCUGUAUUUACAAGUACUGUAAUAAGUAUUCUUAAAAAAUUGGCACCAUCAAGCAUUGCAAAACAUAUUGGAUUGUAUAGUUUUAGUUUUAGCAAUCAAAACAGGCGAUUAUGUCAUAUUAAUGUCACUAUUGUACAUGUAUUGAUCUUUAUGGUUUCAAUCGGUCUUUCAGUGACAUACGCCUUAAACCAACAUUGGAUUAUUGGUAAUAUCUUUGCUAUAUCUAUUGCUAUUCAAAUUAUUCGUACUUUGACGUUGAAUUCAUUUGGUACGGGUUACUUGUUAUUGCUCAGUAUGCUCGCUUAUGACGUAUUCUGGGUCUUUGGAACGGAUACGAUGCUUCAUCUUUCAAAGGUCAUCGUUAAUUCCCCUACAAGUGUUGUUUGGCCAAGAAAUAUUAACACCUAUGUUUUUAAUAAGCUAUUAAGAAAGGAUCAAUUUUUUACUAUGUUUGGUUUAGGAGAAAUCAUUAUUCCAGGUAUUUUCAUUGCUUAUUGCUUAAAGAUUGACAAGCUAAACGAAAGUAAAAGGCAAAAUAAAUCUGAACAGAAAAAGAAUAAGGUCUACUUCAAGAAUCCUUAUUUUAUGUCAUGUUUAUUAGCUUAUACGUUAGGUGCAGGUGCAUCUAUUUACACUGUUCAUUUUACAAAGGAGCCUCAAUCUGCAUUCCUUUUCGUUGUACCUGCACUCAUUUUGACAUCAUUUUCUAUUGCUCUAGUUAGAAAUGAAUUGGGUCAACUCACUGAUUGCUCAGCUAUCUUGGAGACCUUUAGUGAAAUGAAUGGAUAUACUGAAGAACCGAGACCCACUAUGGAGCAACGAUUAAGACGAGCAGGAAGAAGAAGAAGUAGCUCAAGCAAAGAAGUAGUGAGUCAUCGUACAAGAAGUGUCAGUAGUAGAGUAAAGAAAAUGGCUCCCGAGACAACAGGUGUCGUUGAAGAGGCCUAUGAAGAAACAAAGAGAGUGGUGGGUCCUUACGUUGAAGAUGCUGUAGAGGAAACAAAGAACUUGGUCACUCCUUAUGUUGAAGAAGCUGUCAAUACAACAAAGAGAGCUGUACAUGCAGUAGCUACUAAAAUUCAAGAACAAACUGUGACUGAAGAAGAUGAUGAAGCUGUAAAAUCCGAAACAAAACCUCGUCAUCAUGCUCGUCGCUCUGUAUCUGUAGGUCGAAGAAGAAGAGGUUUAAGCCGAACAAAUAGACACAAGUCAUAA